AUGCCUGGCACAAUCUCUGUUCCCCGUGGAGAUGUCAAAGCAACCUUGAACUUUUACGGACCUCCGACUGACGGAUCGCCUCCCUUUCACAUUUACAACGAGGAGAUGAAUUCUGAAUUCCAACGCAAUUACUCGCAUUGUCCCCACGACAUCAUCAUCCAUGAUGUCCGUGACCAAGACGUCGAGUUCACGAUUGACCGUGACGCCUUUCAGAUUAUCGAAGGGGUACCACCGUCAAAGGAAACCGACUUCACCGAUGACGAGUCUAUCCAGAUGAACUUCUACCCGGAGGUGAAAGAGCUGGUCUCUGCCCACCUUCCAGGGAUCGAUUACAUCUUUAUUUACAACCACACGAUCCGGUCACAAGUCCCAGGUGCGGCAUACCGCCCAUUGACUCGCGUUCAUAAUGAUCACACACCCAACUCCAUCGUUCAGCGCGUGAGGGAGUAUCUCCCCACCGAGGCAGAUGAGCUCUUGCGGCAUCGGUACCGUACCGUCAACGUUUGGUGUCCUCUCAACAAGAAUCCCGUAGAAGAAUGCCCGUUGGCCUUUUGCUCUGCCGCAACGGUUGCAGAUGAGGAUUCCGUCACUGUUGAGCGCCGCGGUGAGGAUGGCAGAUUCAUCCGGGAAGUGGCGCUUAUAAAGUAUAACCCGAAUCAGAAGUGGUACUACCUUAGUGGUAUCACCAAUAACGACCGGGUGAUUAUGGAGUGCUUUGAUAGUGAGUCGCUGAAACAGAGCUCUGGAAUCAGAGGGAUAUGCCCCCAUGCAGCAUUCAAUGACCCGCGAACAAGGGAAGAUGCUGAGAAGAGAGUGAGCAUCGAGGUCCGCUGCCUGUUGUUUAGCAAGUAG